UUCGAAGGGCGGGUCGCCAUCGUGACCGGCGCGAGCGGCGCAUUGGGCGGCGCCUCCGCCCGCGCGCUAGCCCGUGAGGGGGCGAGUGUGGCGCUGGCCUAUCGCAGCGGCGCCGACGCGGCCGCCGAGGCCGUGGACGAGAUCGCGGCCGGCGGUGGCACGGCAUACGCCGCCCCUCUCGACAUCACCGACGAGCAUUCGGUGCAGGCCUUCGUGGACGAGGCGGUGGCGCGCUAUGGCGGCAUCGACGUGCUGAUCAACGCAGCGGGCCGGAUCGACGCGGCGGACGCCGUCCGCUUUGCCGAGACGGACCCGCAAGCGUGGGAUGCGCUCUUCGCGGUGGAUGUGAAGGGCACGUUCCUCAUGUGCCGCGCCGUCGUGCCGCACAUGGAGGCGCGCGGCGGCGGCGCCAUCGUCAACUUCGCGGGCUCCUACGGCAACGGCGUGAACCAGGAGAACAUGGUGAACUCCGUCGCCGUCUCCUACUGCGCGGCGAAGGGCGCGGUGCGCGGCUUCACCGCCUCGCUCGCGCGCGACCUUGCGCCGCGCAUCCGGGUCAACGCCGUCUCGCCGGGGCCGAUCCAGGCCAACUGGGAUGCCGACUGGGGCAUCCCAGCCGAGCAUAUCGAGGAAGCCGUCAACAUGACUCAGCUGAAGCGCAUGGGCAUGCCGCAGGAGAUCGCGGAGACGGUGCUCUUCCUCGCCUCGGACGGCGCCGGCUACAUCACAGGCCAGAUGGUGCUCGCCGACGGCGGCUGGACACUGGCGGGUUAG